UAAACCUUUAGCCUUCAAAGUGCUUUAGGAUCAUUAAUCAACUGUAUGUGAAAAGUUUUUGAAACUGCAUAUUGCCCUUGAACAUAACUUCAAAUUUUUUAAUGAGGUUUAUUGCCCUAAGUGUUAACUUUCAGGGAGACAUUACCGCUUAGACUGUAUCCCGCGCAUUUAGCAAUUAAAUCGUCAAUAUGUAUAGACUGGUUGAUUUAGGAAUGAGACCACGGUUGCGGUUCAAGGCUGCCCCUUGAUUUAUUGGCAACACCCCGCACAGCCUGAGAGGAAGUUGUGCCUGAGAGACCAAACUCAGGGCUGUAACAUCGAUUCACAGUACAGUCAGGAAGUGUUGCUGUGGAUCGAGAAAGGUUGUUUCACAUUUCUUUUGCUUUACACCCCUGUCUUCUUUCUUAUUGGACAUAAAAAAAUAUAAUUGAUUUGGCAGCAAUGCCUCUGUUUCGAGCUGUGGGUGAACGUGGUGGGGCCAAGGCUCGGCCCGGCCAAAGGAGGCUGAAGAAUACUGAGUGGAUGGGGAGCUGCGGGAAGACAGAUGAAGAUGGAUCUGUCCUUUCGUUGACACGGCUGUGUCUGCUGAGCCUUGCUGACAACAUGAAGGAAGUGUGGGUGAAAGAUUAUGCCGACAAAUACCUGGAUCAUUAUUCAUUCAGACACAUCAUGGGGCCUUUCAACUUACUGCCGGGUGAGCUCGUUGAGGAACUGACGUGGCUGCUAUGCACCAGAAAGCAGUUGUCCAGGGCAGCCCUCCACCUCCUGCUGGUCCCCCAACUCCGUGGCCUGUCUCUGGAAAGGUGUCCUAGUCUGGUCACCUCUGCCCUCUGUCCCCACAUUGCUGCACGUUGCCAGGGUCUGUGGAGUCUGGACCUAUCUGGAGCCCAGCAGCUGCCUUCGAAGAUCCUGUCUGAAACCCUCUGCUGUCUACCUGCCCUGCGCUCGCUCUCCCUGGCUGGUACACCUUGUGACAGAUGUGUAAUCAGGACGAUUGCCCACUGCUGUCGUUUGCUGCGCCAUCUGGAUGUAUCCCGCUGUCAUUUACUUUCCCCAGCUGCACUACUUCCUCUUGGAGGUGGGGCUUCCUUUUUGUCCUCUGGCUGUCCGUCUAAGCCAUCUUCUUGCUGCACCUCUUCAUCCCAAUCUUCCCCUUCUUGCUCUGCACCCCUGUCUCCUACUCAUCUCAGCAGUCUGCUGGCUCUGGAUAUUGGCUUUGGGGAACAAGAGGGAGACCCUGUGGCGGCAGCAGCCUACCUCCUCCUCUCCCUGCCCUGCCUGGAGAGAGUGGCCAUGGAGGGCCUUGCGCAAGCCUGCUGUCUCAUCCAGCACAGAGAGUUUGGCCAGACAGCUGAGUUCGCUGACAGAGAAGGAGUUCCCAGGCUGGGGGAGGUGCUUAGGGAGUGGAGGCACAGGCAGGGUAUGGACAGUUGGAGGAAAAAGAGGGAAGGAGCAGCAGCAGCAGAUGAGGAAGAUGAGGGUGAAGAGGAGGAGGAGAAGGAGGAGGAGAGGAUAUUGUGGGAGGAGUGUGGUAGUGAGAGUGAGGAAGAUGUAAGUAGAGGUGAAGAGCCAAGUGGCUCUCAGAACCAAGCAGAGGAAAAAAGGAGAGGAAGAGUUUCAUCACAGUCAGGUGAUGAACGCCUGAUCCUGCGCCUAAAGGACGUCAAGGACUUAUCAUGUGACUCUCUGGACAGUAUAAGUCGUUUAUGUCCAAACAUCUACUCCAUAUCUGUGAAUGUUGAGGAUUAUGAAGAUGCUAGAGGAAGAAGCCAGGGGUCUCUGUUAGCCACAGGCCUCCAGACGUGGUCAGGCCAGCUGCGGCACCUCUCAGUACACUACCCAGGCCCUCUGGUGGAUCUCCUUCCUGCCUUGCAAGUUGCAGGCUCCUCCUUGGUCUCUCUCAACCUGGAGGGGGUGAAAACCAGCCCUCACACCCCCCUACUGGAGGUCAUCAAGGUCUGUCCUAGACUCAGAGACCUGCUCAUCUCUGCUGAGCCUCCCACCACCCCACAGGAGGAAGAAGAUGAGGAGGGUCAGCGGGACGUUCGGGAUCUUCCACGGCUACCUAACCUCCUCUCUCUCACACUCAAAUUCUCCUACGAGCACAGCCAAAUGAAGCCUGUGAUGUCCUGGAUGUCGCUGAAGAGGGUGCUCAAGUGUCUCCUGACUGGUUCUCCUUUACUGGAGAAGCUCUCACUGGUGUCCCUGCCGUGCCCUCUGAACUGCGUUUUACAGGAUGUGCUGCGAGUAGUGGACUCGGACCUGUAUCUCUUUGCAGAUUCCACAGACUUACCUCCCAUGCCACUUGGACGGGUACAACACAUUGAGCUGCUGCGGACAGAUGUGAAGAUGAUGACAGUGAGAAGUAUAAUGCAACGGAGCAAGAGACUCAAGUAUGUAGAUGUGAGUUACUGCUGGCAAAUCAGUCAGCUUGAGUGGUUGGGCUGCGAGACAUUCAGUAAUGUCCAAGUUGUCUGGUUGUAGUGAAGAUGAAUGAAGCUUUAAAUGAUUCAAACAAAAAUACAAUGCACACUUUUUCUUUGCAUUAGUAUCUCAGCUUGUAUGACUAUAACUCUAUAACUUUUGUUAUUUUUGUAACUAAAGUCCUUCAGACACAGAUUGAUUUUACAGACUGUUUUUGCACUGACAGACUGCAAUAUGUCCUAAAUACUUGUCUCAUAUUAAAACAUGCGGGACUUAUUUCUACACUAUAGUGCCUUGAAUGAAUUGCAAACUGUCUUCUGUAUGGUGUUUUAAAUAAAUCUGUUCACUGUCA